AUGGAAGAAGUUCAAGAGAUCAGAGGAAACUAUGACGAUAAGCAGGUGGUCACAGAGAUCAUGGCAAGGUGUUUCACUCCAAAUCUGAUAACAACCACUUCCUGGGAAGGUUUUCAUUUUGUUGGUCAUGAGAUUCGGAUUACUGAAGCCAUGGACUGUUACGGUGCUGUUGUUUGGCCAUCGGCCCUUGUUCUGUGCUAUUUCCUGGAAACAAAUGCAAAGCAGUAUAAUAUGAUUGAUAAAAAUGUGAUUGAAAUUGGAGCUGGAACAGGGCUGGUCUCCAUUGUGGCAAGUUUACUUGGUGCUCACGUGACUGCCACAGAUUUACCUGAAUUACUUGGAAACCUGCAGUACAAUAUUUCCCGAAACACCAAGAUGAAAAGCAAGCAUUUGCCUCAGGUUAAAGAACUUUCCUGGGGAGUAGCUUUAGAUAGAAACUUCCCCAGGUCUUCCAAUAAUUUUGACUAUAUCCUGGCAGCAGAUGUGGUCUAUGCUCAUCCUUUCUUGGAAGAACUCCUUGUUACCUUUGACCAUCUGUGCAAAGAAACCACCAUCAUCCUCUGGGUCAUGAAAUUCAGGUUGGAGAAAGAAAAUAAAUUUGUAGAUAGAUUUCAGGAGUUGUUUGACCUGGAGGAAGUUUCCAGUUUCCCUAGCCUGGAUAUUAAGUUGUAUAAAGCUGUGAAGAAAAAUCGAAGGAGUGCAUGA